AUGUCGGAGGGGUUUUGUUCUCCCAAACGCCCAGACGAGACGGAGGACGAGUACGACGAGAGGUGGAAAAAUAGCCGAGACGAAUGGCGUCGGAAUUUUGUCAACGACUACUAUGCAAGGAAGGAAGCACGGAUACCGUCACCCCAGAGCGAGAGUGAUCUGGACGAUGAAGACAUGGCCCACGAGGUCAAGCUGGUCGAACAAGAUAUACUGGUUGACGCAGGGCUUGCAACGAUAAACGAUCUCAUGAACCCCGCUGUAUACCCCCAAAUCCCCUUCGAAAUCUUGGGCAAAUCCCUGAGCGAGGUUGACCCCCGUGAGCGGCUGUGGUCCAGCGGCCCUUUUGCUCCCUACGACAGAUCGCCGUCCCCCGUGCUAGCGAACAGCCAGCCUGCCGAGGAGGACGCCGCUCCCGACCAGCCGCCGCCGCCGCCUGCCCACAACAGAGGGGGGAUACUGGAGCAUAAGCGCAAGAGGGGUUCAGAAGAGGAGGGGGACGGCGAUGAUAAGGCGCCACCGCUCGCGAUAUCCGAGGAACAACCAGGCCCCCAGAAGAGGAAGAGGCGGAGGAUAACGACGGGGAAGGAGACAGCGCCCCAGCCGCCGGCGGCCGAGACCGGAGGGACAAGGGGUUACAAGCGCAAGAGGGGUUCAGAGGAGGGGGACGACCACGCUGCGCCGCCGCCGCCGCCCGCCACCGCCCCUGCGGGACAACCAGGCCCCCAGAAGAGGCGGAGGAUGAUGAUGGGGAAGGAGAUACAGCCCCAGCCCCAGCCCCAGCCGCAGCCGCCGGCUGGUACAGCGUCUGGUAGUAAGAGGAAAAGGCGACCCGACACGGCCUGUGAGGCCCCCCAGCCGGUGCCGGACGGACCAGAGGCCAAGAAGAGGAAGGUGGUCGCCCGGGAGGAGGAGGAGGAGGAGGAGAGGACGACAGCUGCAGACGCCGCCAGCAGCAAGAGGGACCGCAGCACCCUCACGAGACAACAGAGCAGCCGGGCGAGGCCUGCUGCCCCCCGAGAGAGCCCACAGCGGCGCGUGCAGCCUCCCCCCCCCCUCCUCCCGACAGCGCCCGCAGCCCGGAUCACCCGCGCGCGGCGCCGGCAGCUCUCGGGUGCGGAUGCGCAGCUCCUGCAGCUCGGACAGCACGGCCGCGCCGAAACACAGGUGCAGACGAUGGCCAGGCCAGGCCGGGAGCUCGGGCAGUCCCGCCGGCAUCAAAACCCGAGCAACAGCCGAUACCAAGGGGCAGUUUGCUGA